GGUAAAUUAAAGAAUUCUCCAGCAAUUUCCAAGCAGUUUAAAUUUACCUACACUAUUCUGUCUUUAUGUUUUAGGUUUCUUCCUGAUAGGAAGUUUGAAAAUGAUAUCGAUGUUCGAGUUUCCACUGAACAUGUCCCAAGAAUAGAGUUCUUUAGAUAUCUUGAUGAGAAACCACGAAGAAAGAAAAGGCCACGGAAAAAGAAAACGCUGUGCCAGUUGUCAAUUGUCCCACCAUCCACUGGGACUAAAAACAAGCAUCCUGUGAAAGCUGGCAAUCCUUCUGACGACGAGUUAGAGAAGUUGUCUACGCAACUUGGUGAUAACUGGAAGAAACUGGGACGUCGCCUCGAAUUCGAUGAGGCGGCGCUAAGUGCAAUUCAUGACGAGAACAACAAAGUGGCCGAGAGAGCACGCUGUAUGCUAAUGAAAUGGAAGCAAGGAAUGGGCUCAGAUGCCACUUACCAGGUUUUAUAUGACGCGUUAACUCACGACUUGGUGGCCUGUAAACGUCUGGCAGAAACAUUUUGUUGUAACUGAUUGUGACGAAAACUCGUGUAUGCAUAACAUGUCCUUGGUAAACUCUUAGCUUUUGUUGUGGAACCCUAGAUUUCUUAGUCAAUCUACACUUGUGUAUAUAACUUUCAUUGUAAUCCAUCAAAUAUUUUCGCUCGACCGCGAUUGGUCUAAACACGUCACGUGACCGAAUGUUCCCCAGCUAAAGCUGGGGAAUAUCCGAAAAUAUUCCCCAAUUUUCAAAACUGCGCAUGUUGCGAAAAAGAUUUGAAUGAUAAUAAACACAA